AUGCGUCUUGUCUCUGCCAUUGCCGCCUUCGCCGCGGUUGCUACUGCCGCGACCGCGGACACCGUCCCUCCUGAACUGGCGAGCAUUGGAGAGCCGUCGACGGUGUUGAAUGUCACCUAUUCUGUGGGGUCGACUGAAGUCAGCUUCACCCCUGGCGAGUUCCUAAACGCGAGCGUCGCCGUGGACGCGCCGCAGCCGCAUCUCCACGACAUGGGGCUGAGCAGCUCGGGUCCCUAUCUGCUGCUCAUGGUCGACCCGGACUAUAACAAAACCACUCCCCCCUCGGUGAUCUUGCACACUGUCGUCGCCAACCUGACCACCGCCGUCAACAGCUCCAGCGAUGCUAAUGUGCUGGCCUCCUACAUCGCCCCCACCCCCACGUCCGGCACCCACAACUACACCCUGUUCCUGUUCGACCAGCCCUCCAACUUCAGCAUCCCUAGUCGCUACGAAUCCUUCAUGCUGACCGUAAAGGGUACGCCCGUGAACCGGGUCAACCUGCCGCUGGUCAGCUUCCUCAACCAGACUGGGCUGGGCUCGCCGGUCGCGGCCAAUUACUUCCGCGUUACGGCGCCGAGUAACAGCUCCAGCUCCAGCUCGGGCGCAUCCGGUUCCAGCACGACCACAAGCUCGGGCACCAGCACCAGCACUGGCGCUGCCGCUAGUGAGACUUCGAGUGGGGCGGGCCACAAGAUGGCCGCGGGGAGUUAUCUGGCCGGUGCGCUGGCCUUGGUUGGUGUGGUGGUGGCCUCUGUUUGA